GCCUUCUCCCAGCCCCGCGCCCGUCUCCGACGCGACCGCCGGCGACGGUGGCGACGCCGACGACGGGAGACGUCGCCGAGGAGCGAGCCAUUCCGAAUCCCGGGCCGGCCUCGGCCUCCGCAGCCGCCGGGCCCUUCCGCGCGGCCUGUGCCCCCGCCGCCGCCUCGCUCCUCCUCAGGCCCCCGCCCGGCCUCGCCCCGCUGUCCGACCCCGGCGCCACGAUGCGAGGAGGCGGCUUCGGAGACCGCGACCGGGACCGGGACCGCGGAGGGUUUGGAGCAAGAGGAGGUGGAGGCCUGCCUCCGAAGAAAUUUGGUAAUCCUGGGGAACGUUUGCGCAAAAAGAAAUGGGACCUGAGUGAACUGCCAAAGUUUGAGAAGAACUUUUAUGUGGAACAUCCUGAAGUAGCCAGGCUUACUCCGUAUGAGGUUGAUGAACUGCGCCGGAAGAAGGAGAUCACAGUGAGAGGGGGAGAUGUUUGUCCUAAGCCAGUAUUUGCCUUCCAUCAUGCUAACUUUCCUCAGUAUGUGAUGGAUGUGUUAAUGGAUCAGAACUUCACAGAACCAACUCCAAUUCAGUGCCAGGGAUUUCCAUUGGCUCUUAGUGGCCGGGAUAUGGUGGGCAUUGCCCAAACUGGCUCUGGGAAGACUUUGGCGUAUUUGCUGCCUGCAAUUGUUCAUAUCAACCAUCAGCCAUAUUUGGAGAGGGGGGAUGGCCCGAUUUGCCUGGUUCUGGCGCCUACCCGAGAACUGGCCCAGCAAGUACAGCAAGUAGCUGAUGAUUAUGGCAAGUGCUCUCGAUUAAAAAGUACUUGUAUAUAUGGAGGUGCUCCGAAAGGUCCCCAGAUUCGCGAUUUGGAGAGAGGUGUUGAAAUCUGCAUAGCCACUCCUGGCCGCCUGAUAGAUUUUCUAGAAUCAGGGAAGACCAAUCUUCGUCGUUGUACGUACCUUGUAUUGGAUGAGGCUGACAGGAUGCUUGAUAUGGGUUUUGAGCCUCAGAUUCGAAAGAUUGUGGACCAAAUCAGGCCUGACAGACAAACCCUGAUGUGGAGUGCCACCUGGCCAAAAGAGGUUCGACAGCUUGCCGAGGAUUUCCUUCGUGACUAUACCCAGAUCAAUGUGGGGAAUCUGGAGCUGAGUGCCAACCACAACAUCUUGCAGAUUGUGGAUGUUUGCAUGGAGAGCGAGAAGGACCACAAACUGAUCCAGCUAAUGGAGGAAAUAAUGGCUGAAAAAGAAAAUAAGACCAUAAUCUUUGUGGAGACAAAAAGACGGUGUGAUGACCUGACCCGGAGGAUGCGCAGAGAUGGAUGGCCAGCUAUGUGUAUCCAUGGCGACAAGAGUCAACCAGAAAGAGAUUGGGUACUCAAUGAAUUCCGUUCAGGGAAGGCUCCCAUCCUCAUUGCUACAGAUGUAGCCUCUCGUGGGCUAGAUGUGGAAGAUGUAAAGUUUGUGAUCAACUAUGACUACCCAAACAGCUCAGAAGAUUAUGUGCAUCGAAUUGGCCGAACAGCCCGAAGCACCAACAAAGGCACUGCCUACACAUUCUUCACCCCGGGAAACCUAAAACAAGCUAGGGAGCUAAUCAAGGUGUUAGAGGAGGCCAAUCAGGCCAUCAACCCGAAACUGAUGCAGCUGGUGGACCACAGAGGAGGUGGUGGAGGAGGGGGUGGACGUUCUCGAUACCGUACCACCUCCUCGGUCAACAAUCCCAAUCUGAUGUACCAGGAUGAAUGUGACCGCAGGCUUCGAGGAGUUAAAGAUGGUAGCCGGAGAGACUCUGGAAGCUAUCGUGAUCGUGGAGAUACGGACAGAGCUGGUUAUGCCAAUGGCAGUGGCUACGGCAGUCCCAAUUCUGCCUUUGGAGCUCAAGCGGGCCAGUACACCUAUGGCCAAGGCACCUAUGGGGCAGCUGCUUAUGGCACCAGUGGCUACGCAGCUCAAGAAUAUGGAGCUGGUACCUAUGGUGCUAGUAGCACCGCCUCAACUGGGAGAAGCUCUCAGAGCUCCAGCCAGCAGUAUAGUGGCCUGGGCCGGUCAGGGCAGCAGCCUCAGCCUCUGAUGUCUCAGCAGUUUCCACAGCCUCCUGGGGCUACUAACAUGAUAGGUUACAUGGGGCAGACUGCCUAUCAGUAUCCUCCCCCUCCCCCUCCUCCGCCUCCCUCCCGUAAAUGAAACCACUCAGAUGGUGGUGAGACGUGUCCAGACCUCUUACUUGCAUUUAAAGGAACUCUUUUUCCUUUUUACUUUCUUCCCCCCACGCCCUUUUUUUUUCCUUUUAACCAUUGUGAUUUGUCUUUCAUGCAGGUUAGUUAGAAUUCCACUGCCAGAUUUCUUCUGCCCGCCAAAAUGAUCCAGUCUAUGUUAGAAAUUUUAUAUAAAGAAAAAAAAAUACAUAGCUGACUGGAAAAGUUUCCCUUUUUCCCCUCCAACUUCUUGCAUGUUGAGGAAAUUUGAGCUGAGCUUUCUUUUCUUUUUUAAAAGAAAAAAUGGGCAUUAGGCAGUUUAGUCCUAACCCAUUUUUUGUUUUGCCUAAGUUAAGGAGUUGGGCGGGAGGGAGAUUUGCAGUGUGGCACAGGAGAGCACAUGAUGCUCUCCUGUGCUCAUUUGACUGGGGUGUAGGGAGAGCAUGCAGAGCAUUUGCUGUGAUGUUCUAAGUUCUCUGAAACUAGCUUGGAGUUGAGUUCUUACAAUGGGCACUGGGCACCGUUUCUAAGCUCACAUAUUUUAAGGUAUACUUGUUUUACGUCGUUGAUUGCCUGUUAAACAUUUCGUGGCAACCAAAUUCCAAUUGGAUUGGGUAUUAAACUCUGCUUCCUCCCACCUCCCUUAUGGCUCACUUCCCCCAAAAAGCCAUCUCUCGUGAGUCCGCCUUAAUGAAAAAAUCGGCUAUUGAUGGUAAGCUGUAGAGCAUAUGCUGAGGAUCUGGAUUUCACUAUGGCCAGGAAUACAAGCUGAUUUUAAAAUGAAUGUCAUUCAUUUUAAAGGCCGUGAGUAUUCUUCUCUGUGAUGGCUAAAGUAGAGCAUCUCCACAGCUGGGUGGGAACUGCCUGUAUCUAUUCCUCACAUUUGCUAGGACCAUCUGUGGAAGUGAGUUUCCAUCCAGACAGCAGCUGUGGGCUGGACGGAUGGAAAUGCCCAUAAAAACAAAGCAGACUUUUAUUUAUCAAUCAAUUCCAUCCAUUUACCCUGCAAGAUAGAUAAAAGUUGCAGGUAAUUUGCUGACUAGGUCACGGAUGAGAUUUUCUUAUUAACACCAGUAUUUACAGAGCUAGGGUGGAACUCCUUUUUUCCUAUCAUCCCUGUAUCUUUUUACCCAAAAGGGAUUAGGCAGAGCUGUUCUGAGUUCAUUGCUUUAAAACUUCCCUUGUCCUUUCUGUAGACCUUUAUAACUGAGCUUCUGGGUAUGUUCCUCCAGGAUCCUAUUGUGGUCAGUUUUUACAGGUAGGUAGUAUUGUAGGGACAGGUUAGGAAAGACUGGAACGUAAGCAUUUAAUUUGCUCUUUCUUCAUCUGAAGGUAGGUGAGUGUUUCCUGUUUGUAGUUAAGCAUGUUGUCUAUUCUCUAAUGUGACUUCAUUUGGCAGAUGGGCAGGAACAGCAGAUCCUGGAGAGAAUUCCCUGCCCUUAUUUCGUACGAUCUCUCUCAUCUCUCCCUGACUAGUUACUGUUGGCAUCCUUUGGUAAAGCAGCAGAAGCCCAAACGCCUCUCCCAGAGGCCAGUGCGAGCGGCUCUGUGGUUAUUGUGGGCAGUGAAGGGGCUUGUGCAGAGUCUCAGUGUGCUGCAUUUUUUCAACUGAAGGAGUGUGCUUGUUGAUUGAUAAGAUCUGGGUGUGGCCUCCCCACUCCCCCCUUUGAUUUUGUUUUCAGGCUUCUUUAGGGGGAGAAUAAAAGGGGGGGGGGGUGGUCCCCUGAGGGCUUCCGAAGGUCUGGUUAAGUGUGCACCAUACAGGUAGGUUGUUAGUGUAAGCUGGAAUUCUGUGCAUGUAAGCUGUUUGGCCUUCAUGUUUUCUUUUCUCCCCGUACCCUCCAUUUUUCUCUCUGCCCCUUUUUCUCCUCUCCUAAAAGUUGAGGAUAUGGGGGUGGGAGAUGGGGAAAGGCACCUAUUACUGUGGCGAAAAGUUUGCCCUGUGCUUCGUAUCAUCGAACCCAGGCCCCUUAAGAACUUUUGCUGUCCAAGCACUGAUCGGUCUGUUGUAGAUGUUUUCUUCUCCCCUCAAACAGAUGGGAAACUGUUCACCUGUGAGUUCUCAUGCAGAAGUCCGCCAGGGAGGUAGGCUGCCCUCUCACAGCUCUUAAAGCUGAUGUUAAUGAGAAGGGUCUCCUGACAAGCGAGACAGCGUUUCGUUUGCUCCUGCUUCAUUGUAAAAUGAGAUUAACAACACAUCUCAAAAGCUAUCGCAGCUUGGAGCUAACAUCUGCAAGGGUCCCUCCCGUGUCAUCCCGAGCCUCCCCUGUCCUCAUGCGCUUGGCUCAAAAUGCAGAUUCCAGCUGCUGCUCUGUACAUAGGCAGAAGGACCUGCAUUGAUAACUGGAAUUGUAUCAUUGAAACCCUUUUGGGGGGAGGGGCUUAAAUGUGGAAUAGUGGGUCACUUCUGACCCCUCCCUGACAAAUGGCUUUGCAGACUUCUCUACCUGAAGGGUCAGUGACUUCCAGUGAGCGAUCAGUGCUUUUGUUCAUGCCCCUACUGGUCUCCAAACACAUUCCUGUUGCAUUAAGACUUGACUUGAAAGAUUCAUAGAUGUGUAAUGUUCAGGCACAGGAUAUUAAAAGCUAUGUUACUAUUCUUAGUUUGUAAAUUGUCUUUUGAUACCAUCUUGUUUUCUUUUGUAGGUAUAAAUAAAAACACUGUUGACAAUAA